UUUGCUCAGGAGCUUCUAAUUCAUGUGUUACGGUUUCAUCCGGAAGUGUUGCACGCUGUCGGCUCUCCACUGACGGCCUGGAGUUCAACUUUUGCUUCCAUAUGGAGAACUUGUAGCCAUUAACGUCUCAGUAAGCAGACUUCGAGGUUAACAGAGAACUGAGGACAGUGUGCUUAUUUCAGUGAUUCCCUCCGAGCAGAGACACAGCGAAGCGGCAGCAGAGCCCGGUCCCGCCCCCGCUGUCUGUCCGUCAGUGUCACCGUCACAUACUCAGUGCUGUACAGCCGCGCGCUACUUCUAGCUCCCGAGUGCAUCUUUUUUUCCUCACUCCCACCCUUGCAGCUUCAGCACCACGACAAUGUCCGAAUACUUCAGCCUGUCGGACUGCGACAUCAUCGGCUUCGACCUGGAUCACACGCUGUGCCGCUACCAUCUGAAGGAGACCUCCAGGCUGAUCUAUGAGAGCUUUGCCAGGUAUCUGGUGGAGCACAAGGGAUAUGAUAAGGACCUCCUGAAUCUGACUCCUGCUACCUGGGAUUUCUGUUUUAAGGGGUUGGUGGUGGAUCUGGAGGAUGGAAACAUUGUGAAGUUGGCUGAAGAUGGCACUGUUUUAAGGGCAACACAUGGAACCAACAACCUCAGCACAGAAGAACUCAUGAAACAUUAUGGGCCAAAACGGGAGUGGAAGCACUUCAACAGCCUAAACACAUCCUUCACAAGAUCAGCAAAAUACUACUUCUAUGACAAUUACUUUGAUCUUCCGGGGGCUCUGCUCUGCGGAAAAGUUGUGGACAUGUUACACAAGCGGGGAAAUGAGGUGAACUCCAACUUUUGGAAAGACAUGUUGGCUGCCAUUGACCACAAUUACAAUACAUCUGCCUUCAAAGAGGAUGCAGGGACUUACUUCCCCAGUAUUAAGAGGGAUCCAGCCCGUUACUUGCAGCCCUGCUCAGACUCUGUGAAGACCUGGCUGCGCAGCAUGAAGACCGCUGGGAAGAUCCUCAUCCUCAUCACCAGCUCCCACAGUGACUACUGCAAGCUUAUCUGUGAAUUCAUCCUAGGGAAGGACUUUGAGCAGCUGUUUGACGUCAUCAUCACAAACGCCCUGAAGCCUGGGUUCUUUUCCUUGAUACCCCAUCAGAGGCCCUUUAGGACCCUUAUGAAUGAUGUGGAAGAAACAGAGGGGCUUCCAUCUCUAGACAAGCCCGGGUGGUACUCCCAGGGUAAUUGGCCACAUCUCCACGAGCUGCUCAAGACCAUGACAGGAAAACCAGAACCCAAGGUGGCGUAUUUUGGAGAUAGCAUGAGGUCAGACAUAUUUCCUGCCACCACCUUUGGGAAGUGGGAGACUGUAAUGAUAGUGGAAGAGAUGGAGGGGGAGGGCGUUCCGAAGAGUGAUGCAGCAUUGUCCAACAAGACUCAGGUGGAGCCGCAGGAGAAAAGGGGAAAAUUUGAGGAGCAAGGCAUGAAGUCACCCUCUGCCAUGUCUAACCAGUGGGGAUCCUACUUUGUUGACAUGCACAAAAGCGAAGGGGGCGACGAGGAGCACCAGAAGCUGACUUGGUGCUGUCACUGUAUUCACACAUACAGUACCAUGGCUAUCCCCAGUGUGGAGCACAUAGCAGAUCUUCCUCUGGAUUACAAAUUUCCCAGGUUUUCCCCGGACAAGCCCUGCACUAUCGGCUACUACCCGAAGCCUCCAGAUUCUGUCUUAAAGAGGUGUGAGAAUCUGUCAUAAGACAGGGAUGUUGCGGUAGAAAACAGAAUAAUAAAGAAGAGAAAAAUAAGUCCUCCUUAACCCCUCUGCCUCAGAAGAGGAAUGUGCCUCUGUUUUUUUGGUUGUAGGUUUCCAGUCAACCCUGAUAUUGCAGGGUGUGUACACUCAUCACCCAUUCAGAUAAACCAUGUGAAUGUAAGCCACAGUAAAUCUGUAAUGACACCUACAUUUGAAAGUUGUUUUGUGGUUCAGUGUCCUAAAUCUAUGAAAAUACAAGAAAACACUAUUCGUGUGUCUCUGUGUGUGUAUUCCUGUCUUGUUUUAAACAGGUGAUCCCUCCCAACUGCUCUAAAAUAAGGUAAACUUCUGCUCGUCUCUCUUACCGUGAACUGAUUACCUCAAUAACAAGUUCUGCUGUAUGCUAAACCGAAGGACUCAUACCUUCACGUCCUAGUUCAUUGUGUAUAACACUGUUUUUGUGAAGUCUUUUUUUUUUAAUGAUUGUUUAUAUUUUAGUAACCUUAAGAUGAGGUAAAAACUUGCUCUGUGGAUGUUACUGUUGCCACACAAUGGGCGCAAUGUUUUCUUUUUUUGUGUUAGGUGUACAUGUAGGUCCCUUCAUGGUUAUAUUGAAAGACGGAAGACUAUACCGAAUGUCCUCAAUAUUAUUUCAAGGGUGGUGUGCUUUUUGGGUGCUUAUUUAGAGAUGUGGACCAUGUGUACUUUAUUCAUGUGUGCACUAAAACAUGCUUUAACCGACCUUUGAAUGGUUAUUAUGUCCAUUUGCAUUAAGUCUUGCCAUAAAACACUAGGAUCACUCAAGUUUGCAUAAGUAUUUUGGUUGCUGUUAAGAAUUAUUGAGAUUAAUCUUAACCACAUGGAGUGCAUUUUGGAAAUGAUUAGCAUGACUUGUGAUUAAGCCUGAACUACAUAGUUGAUCAUGGUAUCCAUACAUCCAAAGCGACUAGUUUCAUUUGGUUGGUUCUCUGAACCCAGAUUCUAAACACCUGAACUUUUGGGUGUAUAAACAGUCAAAAACCCCUUUUGGUUUAAGGAACCCCUCAUUCCUUUUGAGGAUCACUUCAGUCUUUUCUGCCAUACAGAUAGAUCAGGGAAAAUUACAAAAAUAUAUGUGCUUAAAAACAUGCCAAUGGGAUUGUGCAACUAAAGGAACAUGCCAGCACUGACAUGCCAAAAAUAAGUGUUUACUCAACGAGCCUUGGUUAACCAGUUCUAACCUCCAGGCUAGUUGUCCAAAUGCAAUCAGUUCUUCAAAUACAAAGUCAGAGAUGUAAUCCUCAACAUGUAACUUAUUUCUCAGAUUAACAGACAGGGCACUGCGCACAAUAGCACUGCUCUUAUUGCACCCUCAGACUUCACAGUCAGGCAGUUAAAACACUGACUGAAGACAUCAUUACAAGCACUUGAUGGAGUUUGUACUCUGUACAAUACCCAUGUCUAAUUUCUAUCAUGUACUCUUUAGUAAUCUGUGUAUAGCGUGCCAGUUCAUCUGAAUUAAUAUGAGUUACAACAACAGUUUCCCUUUGGGGAUCAAUAAAGUAUCUUUUAAUUUAAUUUGAAUUGAAUUUGAACUGCUUGUAACACACCACUUAAACCUUGAUUAAGGAACCAUAUUGUACCUUAAUCAAGGGACAAGAUGUGCCAGUAUAAAAUAGACUAGCAUGUUCGUUGGUUUAUUUCACAGCUAUACUGAAAUGAGGGAAUUGUUUAUGACAAUGUACACUGGCAAAGACAAAGGCCAGUGAGGUCUGAAACACUAGAAAAUCUAAUGACUGCUGAGAAUUCACUGCCAUGCCAUUAAUCAUUCAAACCUACUGUGCCAAAAAUAAAUAGCCACUUCUGGAGUGAUUCGGUGUCAUCAGUUCACUAUGGCCUUCUUGUUUUGUUCAUUUGCUCUAUUGGUUCUCCUUAGUGUAUUCCAGUAUUUGUGAAAAGACGGGUUAUACACCCAGAACACAAAGUAAAUCAUUCUUAUCAGUAAAUGAUAAGAAUGUUGGGAGAGUCCCCUCAAAAUGGAAAUCAUCUCACAAUUGAAGGGACAAGAUUUUUGCCCCUAAACAGUCAGCAUUACAGAUGUCAGAUUGGUCAUCCAAUGUGAAUUGUUAGUUGUACUGUGUGUUUAAGUGUUUUUUUGCAUACAGUUGUUGUGAUUGUAUCAGUACAUCUUUCAUCUGACAUGGAAAUUAUUUUCACAUUUGCCUUAUGUUGGUCUUAUUGGUGGUCUUAGAUCUUGAAAAGGCAGAGGAAAUUUAUUUCUGUGUUUAGGUGUUAAGGUACUGCUGACUGAAUAAAAUGUUCUGUGAUUUUUACAUA